CCAGAUUUGGUCAUCAACGCCUAAAAACCCAAGCCAAAGCCCUACCCCUCUCACUCUCUAGUCAACAAGCACACCAUGGCCGCCUUCGCCGCCAGAUCAGCCUUUCGCUCGGCCGCGCGCAGCGCCUCCGCGACUAUAUCCGCCGGCGUCAAGCCUAGGGCCGCUCCCUCUCCAUUUCGCGUCCCAUCGCAAAGGCUCUCCGCUCGCAUUUUCAGGUCUCCCGUUGAGAUGAGUUGUGUUAGCGUAAUGUCGAUGUUGCCGCACCACACCGCCACCGCCUCCGCCGUCCUAAAUUCUAUGCUAUCCGUCGCGCCUCGCGGCCACGGUUGGAGCAUUGAAGAUACCAACGAUGAUGUAUGAUGACUAUUGGAUUGUUCGAGCCAAGUUUUAUUUUCGUUGUCAAAUAGGUAGACUUAUGCAGAGAGUUCUUAGUAGUGAUCCUCUUUGGCAUAGAAUAAGUUCAUCAACUGUUAAAAAAAGGAAACUGUUUUAGUUGAUUUCGUUGCCGAACAUAGAUUCUUCAAGUUUGUAACUUUUCUUUGUGUAAAAGUAUGGUCGUUUCCAGAUUGUUUGUGUGACAUACAUAUCGUCUUCUAUUCUCGUAUUGCUUCAAGAUUGACAUUAUAGUGAUAAGGGAAUAGAGAAGAAAUCAAUGCUGCAUUACCUUUGACUCGGCCUUUCCUUUUUUU